AUGUCCCACCUUGGCGACAGCAAUGGUGGUGGUGGCGGCUUCUCAUCUGCUACUACACCGAGUAUCGAGAACUACAUGCAUGGUUCGGAUUGGAGGGGCAAGUGGCGUCAAGGAGGAGGGGGAGGGGUCCAUAUCGAACCGAUGAAGACAGCUGAAAGACAGUCAGCCUUUUCCUAUCAAGACGGUGGGUCCAGUAUGGACCAUGCACCCACUGAGAGGCCAGGCUCUGGAGGGCCUGUCAUUGUCGAUUGGCGGAAGACUGCAGCUUCUGGUACAACGCCACCGAAGAGGGCCAGACCAUGGUCCUCCUCGGCUGCUGAACCUCAGUGGCACAGCAAUCAUGCUAAGGGUCAUCAUAAUCAUCAUCAUCAAGUUCCUUGGGGAGAUGACUGGCAGGAACAGCAGCAACAGCACUCGGGCUGGCAGGAGGGAGGAGGAGAAGAAUGGCAGGGUGACCGUCAUUGGGAAGGGAGAGGAGGCCGUUGGUGGAACUGGGAGGCGGAACAUGGUGAUGGUCCUUGGCAGCCUGAGGCUUGGAAUGAUGGUCAUAAGAGCUGGGAUGAUGGUCGUGGACCCUGGCAAGAGCCUGGUCAUCAGGAGGGAUCUACAGACCAGGGUGAUGAGCCUAUCCCGAGUGGCGACGACAAGACACAGCAGGACGUGGAUCAGCAGGGCGAGCCGUCCACAAAGAAGGCUCGCAGUGCGUCUAUGAACUCCGAUGGUCAGCAGCCUGGCAGUACCAUUUUCGUCAACGCCCUCCGCAAGCUCUUCCAGGCUAAGAAUGCUGCUGCUGCCGCCAAGGCUCCUACCAAAACGUCCCCUCAAAGUAGUCCGACGGUCCGGGAGAAGGUCCAAGAGAAGCCCUUGGGUGGUGGUGCUCUGACUGCCCUGCUUGCCAAGCAGGCCGUGGGGCCCAUCGCUAAGGCCGCCGCCACUCCCACCAUCCCUUCUCCAGGUUCUCCCUCAAACGGUCAGAGUGAUACCGAACUGCGUAAGAAUGUCCUCACGAGGCUACUUUCAAGCGAGAAUGCUGGAGAGCUCCUACAGGACCCCAAAGUUGUUGAGAUGCUCCUUCAAGUGGCAUCACAGCUGAAUGAAAAUGGCCUGGCUGAUCUACAGAAGUCGGUGGUGAAGAUCAUCACGAAACUCCAAUCGGCGUCGUCCACUGCUCCUCCUCCUCCUGAUGCUGCUGCUGCUACUUCGUCUUCUACUUUGUCGCCGGAUCAGUUGGCUAAACGCGAUGCUUGUGUUGAGCGUUUGAAGGCAAUUCUUGAAGGGUUGCGGGGACUAUUCCUCAAACGCCAAGAAGAGCGUAUCAGUAAAGCGAGCGCGUCCGCGGCUGCUGCAGUUGUCGCAGCCACGGCCACAAAGCCUGGUGGCCUCACCUCGACUACAUCAAGUCACAGUGCUUUGGCCAGUCUUCUAUCGGGGGUGUCCGCCCAAAAUGAACCGAUAUACGAUCAUAAGGUGUGGACGGGUUAUGUCCAACGAUCGGGGGUCAACAAGGCAAAGGUGAACCUCUUCGCAACUCUGCCAGUCAAUUCGCUGCUCACUGCUCUGGUCGCACAACUCGGCAACGAGCUCAACUUGAAACUUCGCGUUCCUGACACUGAGGUAUUGCAUCAGCGGCAGAAUCACACGGAAAGCUCAGCUCUGUUGCUCAUGAAGGCCGACUCCGCAGCUGAUCAAGCCGAGCUGAACGCCCAAAUCGCCUAUUUCAAUGGGAGGAAUCGAUCAGGCGUAGCCAAGCUCGAACGUGACGGCGAUCACUACGCCGCCUUCAUGAUUCCACCUGGGCCACUCGCUGAGAAGUUAAUUGGUACUGAUAACUACAAGAGGUGCAAUCCAGACGAUAUGGCAACGGUAUGUAUGAUUACAAAAUCUGAUACCAAUGCCUCCGCAGUCGCCCCUCAUUGA